GCAAAAAUAGGCAACACGCAGCAGCUUUCAUAGCUCUUCUGUAAACUACAUGACCUUUGUCACUCUUUGUCGUCUCCAUUAACCAUUAUCACUCGCUGUUCUCUACCUUUUGUAGCGUUUUGCCCUUUAGCCAAAUAACCGACUAUUUGGUUCCCAAUCCUAUCUCUUUGUCACUCUUUUCAAUCUGCAAGCAAAACGUAUUUCGAUUACAUUCCUCUUCCCCUAUUAAUAUAUCAUCAACUAUACAUAUCUCACUUUUUCCUCUCUUCCCCAUUAUUUCCACUAUUGUUAUUAUCUCGAAAUCAUAAAAGGGCUGACCAACAAAACGACGGCCGCUACGAGGUUGAUAUAUGAAGUCAAAAGCAACGAACGAUGACUCUCUGUCGAGCAGGGAAACCGCAGACUGUGGGCAUCAUUGUUGCUGCUGCUGUUGCCAUGUCAUGAUCCAUUGUUGCUGCUGCGCUUGUUUUCACCGUGUAUCCUGCUGUCUAUCUCAUUCAUAUCUGCCGUUGCCGUCUUCUGCCUCAUGGCAAUUCCCCUCCGAUCGAGAUGUCACACCGAAUACUUUGUCUGAUGGGCAUAGCCUUGCUGCGGUGCAUUCCACACCGCGCGAUUACCAAACUGCACCCCAGCUGAAUAGUUUACUGGCCCCACCACCCAAUUCACUGCGUCAUUACAAACAGUCAUUACGUCGACAACAUGUGAUCAAUGAACUAAUUCAAACAGAGCGUGAUUAUGUGCUGGAUCUGCAGCAUUUAGUCGAAGUAUGUUUUCAAACGCUUUUGCAGCAACCAUGGAUUUCGCGGGAACAUAAGCAAGCGAUUGUUCGGAAUGCAGAUGAUCUGCUCAUUCUGCAUAAAAAUUUCCUUGUGACACUCGAAAGCUCUCCUAGCCAUAUUGAUAAAGAGAAGGAGUGUCGACAUAUUGCUAAUGUCUUUCUUGAAAUGGGAGAACAUUUCAUGGUAUAUACCCAUUACUGUGAUUUGCACGAUGAAGCCUGGUCUUUAUGCGCCGAGUAUCGUGGACGACCGGAAUGGACGAGUUUUAUCAGAGAAUGCAUGCCCACUGAGAAUCAAAAUUACACUAGUCCAUCUGUUCAGAGUGGCCAAGGCAGUGAAACAACUACCUUUGGCGGCACCGGCAAUAAACGACUUCAUUUCGAAGAUUAUUUGAUAAAGCCCGUACAAAGGAUCUGCCGUUAUCAACUGCUGCUGAAAGAAAUCAUUCACCACACACCUGAGGAUGCCGACGAACGGGAACCAUUGGAUCAAGCACUUGAGAUUAUGCAGAGUAUUGUUGCCGAGAUUGACGAGCGAAAACAUAUUCGAGAUACCACACUACGAACAGACCGAUUUAUUCAGCGAUUAGAUGGAGAUUGGCGGUUAAAUAAGCACCAUGUAUCUCAAUUGGGCAAUAUCCUUCUAGCUGGUGCGCUGGAAGUGACUUACACUGCGCUCGGCCAAAGUGUAGCGAAACCACGAUACCUGGGAUGCUUUGUAUUUCCAACCUAUGUGAUCCUUGUGCGCCCAAAAAAAGUCACCAUCUACGAACCCAAACAUUGGUUUCCUCUACGUCAAGCAGAAUUGGAAGAUAUCCCCACAUCCGAAGGUCAGCGGGAAAAUACGUUUAUUGUACGCUGCAAGAAACAUACAUUUGCAUUUACAGCAACUUGUGCUCAAGAGAAACAGCUUUGGGUUUCCAAACUAAAAGAGGCCAUUGACAAAGUCAAGAAUGCAGACCCGUAUGACAUGUCGUCUGCAAAUAAGCCUGCAGAAGACCUGAUUGUCCCCUCUCUACCUGGUGUGGCCGGCAACACCAAAGCAUCCUCAUCGCGCAUACGGCUAUCACAAUCGUUCAGCAAUAUUCUCGACACUGAUUCCCCCGCACGGAGUCAUUCCCUGGAAAAAGAUACCUCGACUUCUGUCUCCAGUUGUCUACGUCGUUCUCUGUCUACCAGCAUGCAACUUGAUGAAGUGUAUAAUGCCGAAAGCCCAACCAUACCUUUGUCAUCCAAAUCGUUUCUAGAGACCGGCUCCUCCUCCUCCCGGUCGCUGCAUAAACGAUAUUCUGUCGAUUACACAUCCACACCUUCGAAAAGUGAAGUAACAUUCAAAGCACGCAACAAUUCGGAAACUUACCGGCGACCGUCGAGCGAAGCAUGGCACAGUAAUAUCGCACGACGACGACCGAGUUCAUUGGAUUUGCUAACCUCAUCGCCGUCCACGGGGAGUAUGAUUGGCAAGAUGUCCUUUCAGUUUAAGAAUAAUCAUCAAAAUGCGAUGCGGAUGGCUGUCGAUCAUAAGCUACGGGAUGUAUGCACGCAGGAUUACUUAUCGUCCAGGGCAUGGUUCAUGCGGGAAAAGGAUCUAGCGGCGGCUCACUCUCCGACGAGCAGCAUUGAUCUGCGGAAACGAAAAUCAGCACCUUUUAUGCGAUCCUCCGCAUCCAGUUUCUCUCUUAUGAUGCCGAGACGGACGAGUGACGGCGGACAAUCUUCCAAACCAUCUUCUCCGAAUCGACCGCCGGAUAUUGACGUACAAUCCACUCAAAGCUCUACGAGUUCACUGUUGGAUGAACAAGCGUCCCCGCGACUAUUACGAACGAACCAGGCCAGUACUUCCAGGCAACCGUCACAAUCGAGCAAUCUGCGGUUCUCAAGUACUAGUCAGACGUACAGUGGCAUGCAACUGACCAAUGCAACGAGCGACAUGGCUACCCCUCAUGAAACCGACAGCUGCAUAGAGUAUCCUACAGCUAAUAUGAUUGAUGAGCAAGAAAAUGCACCACACCCCAUCAAACGCGCACCAAGCAUCCCAUUCAAUAUGUUUUCCCGAACCAAUCACAGUACAUCCAAUUACUCUCUCAACAUGCAAGCAAGCAAACCUGCCAAACGAACGAUGAGCCGCCUAUUCCACAAACUGUCCAAGCUAGGUAGACGAUCAGUCGAUAAGCCCAGCGGCAAUCUUGCCAGCAGAAAAUAUCACUCGGAACUCUUCAUUGAAGAUACAUCCAGCGAAUUGGAGCAUCCUUACCAGGCCUCUUUAUCGAAUAUGUCGAUGCAAUUUCGAAAAUCGCAGGACUCUCCUUUGAACAAAUUACUUCAUGCACCAAGAUCGAAACCUUCGCAAUCGUUGUUUCGAUGGGGAAGCCAUAAUAGGCCGUCAUAUACAGAUGAUCGGCCGCUCAGAGAUCCCAACAACGACAACAAUAACCGUUCUUCCGACCACCGAUCUUCUGCAUUCGCUUACGCAUCGACGCCUGUUCAGUCGCCCAAAGUUGGGCUGAAAGAAAAAUUGAACGUAAUGCGAUCCAGCAGUAAAUCUUGACAUUGUAAUACAUCAUAGUCUUUCUUUAAGUUAAUAAUUUAUACAUUUUCUUUCCUUUCCAGUUUCUCAUCCCACCUCAUUUUAAUUUAAGGAAACUCUUUUUUUUUCUUGUAGUCG